CGGGGUCCCUGAAAAGCGCGGACCAGGCGGGCGCCACCCAGUCCAGAGCCUACAACCUACUUCCUUCUAGCUGCAGCCACUUGUGCAGGACCAGGUACCGCCAUGCCGAAGUGCCCCAAGUGCGACAAGGAGGUGUAUUUCGCUGAGCGAGUGACGUCCCUAGGCAAGGACUGGCAUCGGCCCUGCCUGAAGUGUGAGAAAUGUGGAAAGACGCUGACCUCUGGGGGUCAUGCUGAGCAUGAAGGCAAGCCCUACUGCAAUCAUCCCUGCUACUCCGCCAUGUUUGGGCCCAAAGGCUUUGGGCGAGGUGGAGCUGAGAGCCACACUUUCAAGUAGACCGAGGUUGUGGAAACUCCCUGCCCGCCCAGGCACAUGCCAGGCCUUACCCCCGGACAGCAGGGCUCUUGGGAGCCCUCGGUGCCUUUAAUAAACCUGACCUUUGGAA